AUGCACAGUCAUAAUCACAACAACUUCCAUCAUACCGUUGCUCAAACACAUGCCCAUAGCGCUAAUCCGCUUGUGGGCUCACUGCAAAGGAAAAGUACACCAUUGAAUACUAGACCAGCUUCACCCUAUACGCUGCAGCCUCCCGUAGAGGCAGAUGGAUUUUCAUGGCCAAGUGUCGGAACCAGAAUCAGAGCAGAAGAGAGCAGCGAUGAGGAGGAGGCUCGCAUUGAACGUAUUUCAGGUGCGGUACGGACGCUUUUGGAGGAGCUAGGCGAGGACGUCGAAAGAGAGGGAUUGCUUGAUACUCCGAAAAGGUAUGCGAAGGCGAUGCUGUAUUUUACUAAGGGUUAUCAAACUAAUAUUAUGGAUGAUGUUAUCAACAAUGCAGUUUUUGAAGAGGAUCAUGACGAAAUGGUCAUCGUUCGUGACAUUGAAAUCUACUCGCUUUGUGAGCAUCAUCUUGUUCCCUUCUUCGGUAAAGUUCAUAUUGGAUAUAUCCCGAAUAAAAAAGUGCUAGGCUUGAGUAAAUUAGCUCGUCUUGCUGAAAUGUAUGCAAGGAGGUUGCAGGUCCAGGAGAGGUUAACAAAACAGAUCGCGAUGUCUCUGAGUGACAUACUAAAACCCCUGGGUGUUGCCGUUGUUAUAGAAGCAACACAUAUGUGCAUGGUGUCUAGAGGUAUUCAAAAGACUGGCUCGUCUACCGUAACGUCAUGUAUGCUGGGUUGUUUCAGAGCUCAUAGAACUCGAGAAGAAUUUCUAAGCUUGUUGGGGAAAAGAAGUUUGUAA